AUGCAUUGCUAUGGACCAAAAGCACCAUAUAUCCAAUAUUCUGAUUUGUUCAGAUAUCUGCCAAACUUGAAGCGCCUAGACCUAGAGAGUAUAACGUAUAAUGACAUUCAGGCAGCGAUAUCAGCAUCAGAUAAAAUAUGGAAAUCUCUGGAAAGCUUGAAUAUAACUUACGGCGACACUGAUGAAAUACAACCAGAGAAAAACGUACUUCAGUUUAUAAAUACAUGCAGCUCGCUCAAGGAAUUAGAAAUACGUUAUCGCGAUCGUGGUUAUCGCAUAGAGCUUACGGUUAAUGACUUUGACAAAAUGCACCGAAACUUGCAAAACCUAUCCUCUCUAAAGGCUGAAAUAUACCUUAGUUUUGACUUUCCGAAUAAAUUAAACACAGUUCCAAAUACAAUACCGGCGCUUUCAGUGACAUCCCUAGAUAUAAAUUCGAAAAUGCACGACGAUGGGCGCGAAGAAGAGGAAGAGGAAAACGAAGAUGACGACUACGACGACGAAAUUGAAAGUGAAAAUGAAAAUGUGAAUGAGUGGAACCCUUGGUGGCUGUAUUAUUUUGGAUACAAAUAUCCAAACUUGCGUUCCCUAAAGCUAGAAGCCAAGGGUAUACGUGGUGACACUAUAACUUCAGAUGCAACGACUGAUCGUGAAAUAGACUGUUCGCACCCAAUGGAUGUUAGCAGAAUCUUAGAAUCCUUUUCUGGAACACUCGAAAGCCUUUCACUUACAGGGUUUACAUAUAGCCAGAGGAAUCAAUAUACGAUUCAAGAAAUGUCCUCUUACUGUCCGUUUUUGACGAAUCUAUACAUCAGUGGCAGCAGUUUCUGUCUUAAUUUAGAUAAUCUACUGGACAAAUGUGUGGCUCUCAAGCAACUGGAAUUCUCUGGUGCAAGGUUGUUCCUUAGUCAAGGCACAACAGCCGAGGAGCCAGAGCAGCAGCAGCAACAUGGAUUGCGAAUUCUGACGUUAAAUAAAUGCUCUGUAGCGGCUGAAGUAUUCAAUCAUGUCUCUCUCAGGUGUAGAAGCUUGGAGCAAAUUACUUUGUAUACUCUGCGCAUCAUUGGAUCUAUUUGUGAAAAAACCGGGUGUUUGUUAUUCGAUAUGUCACAUAUUUCCUUAAAGACUCUGAACAUCGGCCAGGUUCAAUACGCCACAUCAUACGAAGAGAUUAGAGACGAUAAAAAUAUUGGCCUGACACUCCUGUCUUGGUUAAAGGACAUUCCACUAUCAGACAAAAAGAAUGAAAAAGAAAAAAAGGAUGUGGAUACAAAGUCUCUUGUAAAUUCAAGUCACGGCACUGGCUGGUUCUAUACAUAUUGGCGGAUUGGAUAUAACACUUUACCCCGCGUGGAUACUUUAAUACUUCCAAAGAAAGAAGCCGAUAUCGCACUUGAAUACUACCAAGACUUUCAGUCCAGCAAAGCACGCUCAACUUUAAGCCAUGAUAUCUUCUAUAAUUUAGACUAUCCAGGACUUGACUGGAAGCACAAACUUUAUAAAGGAUACGUCGAAUGGAGAUUUGGCAAAAUUAAAGACCGUCCUGUUGUAUGCGAAGCAGACGAUGAUCCUAAGACAAAGUCAGAAACAUAUUUCUUCAACUUUUGUAGAGAUCUUGAAGUUGAUCUGAACACAGGAAUUCUUGGGAAAAGGCUUUGCGAACAGCUACCAACGGGGAGAUCUGAGUUAGGCCAAUUACCACAAAAAAAUAGGAAUAAGCAUUAUUAUUCCGAAAUAAAAAUAGGUCUAAUAUCAAGUAAUGACAAAGAAGCCUUAUACAACCAAUAUCAGUUUCUAUUGGGUUUCGGCCUAACUGUGGAACUGAAGGGAGCCGCUUGGAGACAAAGCAAAGGCUUUCUACGAAAGCUGGUCUCAAUUAAGAAAAUAAGGGUUAACAAUAAAGCAUUCUUUUUCCUUGAACCAAACAGCUUGAUCUACUGUCACAUUGUAUUCGCUUGA